AUGGCCCAUGACGGAAAAUAUCAAGUCUUGUUUGUUUUUUAUUUGUCUCACUCCUUGUCUCUUACUACCAUCAUCAUGGCUUACAACAGAGAAUGGGAUAGAGGCAAAGACGCAGCCUGGUCAAAUCAACAAUCAUGGCAAGGUGUGAAGCCUCGGGGGGAGGAUGAUUACCAUGGCGAUGGCAAACGACGAAAAUUCAACAACGGUGCCUACGACGUCUCUCAAGUUCGCGAAGAAAAUGCUUUUGGUCAGGGCUAUGGCCACAAACAAGCUGAGCAGCAUCAGGAUUAUGCACAGGACGACCGCUUUCGGGGGGCAGCUGGUUUCGCGAAGAAACGGCUUGCGCCUUCAGAGCCCAGUCCACACGUCAUUUUUUUAGGGCUAGAUCCGGACUUCACAGAGGCCGAUCUUCAGGCCUACCUCACGUCUAACGGCUGCAGUGUCGAAACGGUCACAAUCAUUCGAGAUAGAUCAUCAGGUACUUCCAAGGGAUUUGGCUUUGCCCAAUUUGCAAGUACGGAACAUGCACGUGCAUUCGUAGACCCCCUGUUCCCGUUCGUCCAGAUGCCCCCACCGGCAUCUCACGGGGCUUCUGCCAGUGCGACGUUUUAUAAGGCUCUCGAGACAGGCAUACCUCAUAAUGGACGAAGAGUCAAGAUCGACUAUUCUCAAAGUGCCACCCCUCAUGACAAAGGAAGGAUGAAUCGUGGCAACAUGAACGAUGGUACUCGUGAUAUUGGUAAUAGUCAAGCGCCUGUGCUAUUGUUUCGGGGGCUCGAUCCGCUCUCCGGCCCUCAAGCCAUCUAUCAGGCCAUGUUAUCAUCGUCUGGUCCUAGUACGGAGGGUGCGAAGGGAAUGAAAAGAAUCAUUCUCAUAAAGGACAAGGUAACAAUGGCAAGCUUUGGGUUUGCAUUUGUCGAGUUCGUCGACGUACAGUCUGCAUCGACUGUUCUUGCCGCAACGAUGUCACCCCAGAUACAUCCUUCUGGUUUCCGUAUUUCGGAUCGCCCCGUGGCCACAUCAUUUGCUCAUCCUUACUCAUUUCAACCCGUUACGGAUUUCCUCUCUCGCGAUGACGCUUGUCUUACAUCGUCAAUAAGCCUGGGAGGCGUUGAAGACACUUGGGUUCGAUAUUGGGAUGAAAGUUCGACAGUCGCAGUACUUGAAUUCAAAGUCGACGCCCCAGUGCAGCCUAUUGCUCUGGUCAAGGAGAAGAAGGAGAAAAAGAAGGCGAAAGGUGAACCUGAUGCGAAACCUUCAAGAGCCCUGCCAGCCCCUUCCGUUUUACCUGUUUCCGACAAGCCAGUGACCCUGAGCUUUAGCAAAGGACCCAUUAAAGCCACAGCGAAACCUUUAGUUCCUGGGUUUUCAAUGGAUGACUCUGGUGCCACUCAUUCAGAUGACGGUGGACCUGACGAGACUGGAUCAGAUCCGAAUAAACCACUCGUAGUCAAGAAAGUUGCACCGCUGAUUGCAAGCAAAAAGAUUGUUAACAACAUCAAUAAAUGGAACCAAGUUCAGGAAGAACUUACACACAGCACAAGCGCCUCUAUUCCAUCCCCUGCUCUGGCGGUACCCUUGAAAACUGCUUCUGGUCAUUCCACAGUUUCGUCUUCCAAAGCCUCAAAUGAAGGUUCCCCGCCUCCAGAGGAAGAGUUCGAAUUUUCCGAUGUCACGUCGUUGAUGUGCAUACUAUGCGCACGACAGUUCAAAUCAAUGGACCAACUGAAACGCCAUAACAAAGAAUCGGAUUUGCAUAAGGCUCGCAAACUUCUGAAGAACUAUAAGGAUCGGAAUUUACGGGACGUGGCGCGUCGAAAGGUUGCUUUACGGAAAGCCAAUGCACCUACGGAGCAACCCAAAUAUCGCGACCGCGCCUCUGAACGCCGAAUCUUGUUCAAUCAACCUGAUACACCCCUCCCUGAGAAGGACGGCAAUACCAUUGGAAAGAAAAGACAAGCUGAAGGCCCGCCACGACCUCCCACUCCCCCGCCGCCGCCUGUACACCCUGGACAGGACGAGAGCAACGUUGGCAAUAAAUUGCUGAAGAUGAUGGGUUGGAAGGAGGGGAGCGGACUUGGAACCGAUGGAGAUGGUCGCGUCGAUCCGAUCCAAACUGCCAUGUAUGCUCAAGGCGUUGGAUUGGGCGCAAGUAAAGGCAAAGAGAUUGGAAAGUACUCCGAGGGGUACUCGGGUUAUGUAUCAAUGGCUCAAGAUGCGGCACGUGAAAGAUACGGAAAUUGA